UCAUCUCCUUCCGCUCACGCUGGACAGAAAGAGCAAAAGAACAAAGACGGCGAGCGACUGAGAGAGAGAGCACUUAAUACUCCCAACCUUUUGCAGAAAAAACCCUAACUCUUACCCUAACCCUAAUUCCUAAACCCAUCAGUCACGCCCGGCAUGGAACCUGAGGACGAGAUCCACGCAAACGGCGGCGUGGAAGACGAGGAGGGGAGCAUGAGCCGGAGCAGCAGGCCGAUCAUAAGCAGCGGCGAGCAGUUGGACGUGGAGGCCUACGCGAGCCUUUACCAGGGUCGCACGAAGAUCAUGCGGCUCCUCUUCAUCGCGGACCACUGUGAGGACCACCCGGCAAUGCGCGUGGAGGCUCUGCGCAUGGCCUACGACGAGAUCAAGAAGGGCGAGAACACCCAGCUCUUCCGCGAGGUCGUCCAGAAGAUCGACGGCAAGCUCGGGCCCGACUAUGGGAUGGACUCCGCCUGGUGCGACAUGGUCGACCGCAGGGCGGAGCUGAAGAAGGAGAAGCUUGAGAACGAGCUUAAUGCCUAUAGGACAAAUUUGAUCAAAGAAAGCAUAAGAAUGGGAUACAAUGAUUUUGGAGAUUUUUAUUAUGCUCAUGGUGCACUUGGGGAUGCUUUUAAAAAUUAUGUCCGCACUCGUGAUUAUUGCACUACUUCGAAACAUAUCAUCCAUAUGUGUAUGAGUGCAAUUCUGGUCAGCAUUGAGAUGGGUCAAUUCACUCAUGUGACAAGCUAUGUCAGUAAAGCAGAACAAUCACCGGAAGCCCUUGACCCAAUUACAGCUGCAAGACUACGUUGUGCUGCAGGAUUGGCUCACUUGGAGGCUAAGAAAUACAAGCUCGCUGCCCGUAAGUUCUUGGAAACAGGUCCUGAAUUGGGAAGUCACUACAAUGACGUCAUUGCACCUCAAGAUGUUGCAACAUAUGGCGGACUUUGUGCACUUGCAAGUUUUGACAGGACAGAACUGAAGAACAAAGUUAUAGACAACGUGCACUUCCGGAAUUUUUUAGAGUUAGUACCUGAAGUAAGGGAGCUUAUUAAUGAUUUCUACUCGAGCCAUUAUGCCUCAUGCCUGGAUUACCUGGGAAAUCUCAAAGCAAAUCUGCUGCUUGACAUCCAUUUGCAUGACCAUGUUGAGACACUAUAUGAUCAAAUCCGUAACAAAGCCCUCAUCCAGUAUACACACCCAUUUGUCUCUGUUGAUAUGCGAAUGAUGGCUAAUGCCUUCAAAACAAGCAUUGCAGGGCUAGAGAAGGAACUUGAAGCUUUGAUUACAGACAAUCAAAUACAGGCUCGGAUUGAUUCACACAACAAAAUUCUGUAUGCACGUCAUGCCGAUCAAAGAAAUGCAACUUUCCAGCGAGUUUUACAGACUGGCAAUGAAUUUGAUCGGGAUGUUAGGUCAAUGCUGCUGAGAGCAGACCUUAUUAAGCAUGAAUACAAUCAUAGGGCGAGGAAACUCUGAAUUUCAAUUUCAGCAGGAAGAAAUUGUAGUAUGACCAAGCUUUUUCUCUCAUUUUUUUCUCAUGCAAUUGAGCUUGGUCCUUUGGCAUGGCGAAGUGGGUUGGUUCUAAACGCCUAGAACAAGAUGCUGUCUGUGGAUGUGGUGGUGGUUUGCAUUUUCAGGAUACAAAUGUCUGCAGCAAUUAACUUAAUAUAAAUGGUUACUAUUUUGUACAUGUUCGGAUUUAUAUAAUCAGUUGUUGUUUAAUUCUUCA